AACUGAUCCCGACGCCGUGACGCAAUCAAUGAGCGCCGCCAGUUUGGAUUGUUGUUUCUUCAAAUCGUGGUCAGAUGAAACUCAAGUUUGUUAUUUCAUAGACAAGGAGACCAUGGUGGUGUCCAGCUACCACUGAGGAAUACUCCCAAGUUCUCAUCUGCUGCCAUCAGUAACCUCUAUGGUGGGAAAGGCUUGAGACAACUACUUUUCUACACAAGAAAGGUGGUUUAGAGAAAAGCACGUGGAAAGAGGAAGUGACAGGAUUAGGAAAGAACAAACCGCAGUACUUCAAAUUCAGUGGACCAAACGGGAGGAGGGGACAGGAGUGUGAAGAGAGGUGUUGGGGAUGGGGCUGAAGAGCCAAAGGAGGACGUCAUGGUUCACAGCGACUCUGCUUCCCCAAUGAAAACAACACUAUCAGUAUCACCCCAUUUAACUGCUUCUGCUACAGCACCUCCUCUUGUGCCUCCCCCUUUAGAUACUACUGGUCAGGAUCUAACCCAGACCACAGCGAAACUCCACGCUUCAGACAUUACCUCCAACUCAGACUUGAGCCAGCCCUCUACACAGACUCUUGCUGAUGCCGAGCCCCCUGUUUUAACCCCAGUAAAAGCACUAACAGCUAACUCAACCCCCGCAUCAGGCUGGUCCUCUUCACAGACAACAACCCCUGCACAGGGCACAGCCAAUGGCCGUACAUCAGGCAGAAGGAGGACUCCUAAGGCUUGUGACUGCUGCGGCCCCAACAGUACAGGACACAAUGUCAGAACCCCGGGCAGAGGGAGGGGAAGGGGGAGAGGGAGGGGCUCUGGUAGGGACCUCUUGGACACCCCUAAAAGGAAAAUUGGGGGCCAGCUGACGCGUAUCAAGAGCUUUGACUUGACCAAGGAGAAAGUAGAGGAGGAAGAGGGUGAAAAUGACAGAUAUGAGAAGGUGCAAAUGUCUGUAGUAGUGGCUGAUGCUCAGUCACAACCCCCUGUUGCUCUGCCUGUCAAUGUCUCCCUGCUGGAUGGACCAAUAAGGAACUGUGUUGCUCCAGAGAAAGGGGACGUGCAGAAAAAGGAGGAUAUGUUGAUAGAGGAGUCAGGGGUUGCUGGCACAGGAGUGAGAGGAAGAGGGUCAGCAGUUAGAGGUAGAGGAGGGAGGGGUAAGAUGGGAGCUACAUUUGCAUCGAAAAUGAAAGCAGAAGUUGGAGUGAAGAGGGGAGUUGAAGGUGGUGUUAUCGGUUCUAGGACAGAUGCCUUAACUCGAUCAGUGUUAGUGCAGGGGCACGAGGAAAACAAAGAUUCAGAGAUGGAGCACGAAGAGCAGGCACACUCCAUCUCGGUUAAAUCUCCAUUUGGAAACGGAGAUACGAUAAACCUGUCUGAAACAGAACCUGAAGGGGAGGACAGCAUGAACGUGACUAAACCAGAAAAUGGAAUACUCUCCAUCUCAGGGCAGUCAGGUUCUGCUUCAAGCCCAGGAACACCCCAGGACCUCGACUCUGAGAUGCAGGUGGACCAGACUCCUGACAGAACAGACCCAGCGUCCUUACCAGUAACACUUUCCAACGGAAACGCCACCACACCAACAGACCAUGACCACAGAUCCACACCUACAGAGAUGGAAACGGUCUCUUCUCCGAACCAGGGUCCUAUUUCAGUGUGCAGCAUGCAGCACAGGUGGGCAUUAAGAGAUCACAGGCUGUACUGUCAGCCAGGAACCUGGGAGAAACAGGAGGCAGAAGAAGCGUCAGGUACAGAUCAGUCAAAGGAAACACACGGACGAGACAUGGAUGGAAAGACACUGAAUAAUGAAAGUCUGGAGCAGCUUACUGAUAUGGUCCACGAAUUUCUGGAGAGCUUCUAUAUAAAAUACGGUAGUUUCAUUCCUCUGAGUGAGACAGAUGUCCUGGAGUACCUGAAGAAGAAAGGCAACUGUGACCUCAGCAACAAGGGACUAAACAUCAAAGGGGAAAUGACUCGGUACAGGGCAGGGCUGGCCUCUGCUCCUAUUUCGGGCUUCAUGGUGAUGUAUAACAAACACACCCUGAGCCUGGAGGACCUUAGCACACUGGAGGACCAGAACUGGCUUAAUGACCAGAUUAUCAACAUGUAUGGAGAACUGAUUAUGGAGGCAACACAGCACAAAGUUCAUUUUUUUAACAGCUUUUUCCACAAGCAGCUGGUUGCCAAGGGUUAUGAAGGUGUGAAGAGAUGGACUAAAAAAGUCGAUCUGUUCUCCAAGUGGCUGUUGCUAAUUCCCAUCCAUUUAGAAAUCCACUGGUCUCUCGUCACAGUCACCAUGGCAACAAAAACCAUCAAUUACUACGACAGCCAAGGCAUCGUCUUCAGACACACAACAGAUAACAUUAUGAAGUACCUUCAGUCUGAAGCUCGAGAGAAGAAACAAACAGCUUUCCAGAAAGGCUGGAAGAUCACCAUCAUCAAGGGUAUUCCUCAGCAGAAAAAUGACAGCGACUGUGGAGUUUUUGUCCUCGAGUACUGCCGUCGUCUCUCGGUGAAGCAGCCUCUGCAGUUCAGUCAGGAGGACAUGCCUCGCAUCCGCAAGAGACUCUACAAGGAGCUGUGUGACUGUCGCCUCAACGAUUGAAUGACUGAAUAACAGCCGCCUUCACUCACUGACUGAGUUCUGAUCUGGUUACAUAAGACGGUCUGUCUAAGCCUGUCAGAUGACCUGUUUUAUCGACAGCCAUUUUCAUUAGCUAACUCACAACCUGACUGUUUUCCAGGGAGCUGCAACUGCCUGUGUGACUGACAGCAGUGGCUGGUCACUUUUGACUUUUUGUGACUGAGUUCAAUAACAGUCUACUUUAGCAGAUUUUUACUUGCAAACUUGGAAAGAACUACUGACAUGGCCCCCUACUGACCCCCUCCCAAAAUGCUGGACCCAUACAUUUCAGGUUGCUUUUGCUUUCUACGUUUAGCACCCCCCAGUGGAUUUCCACCCAACAGCCAGUUUUAAGGACACAGGAACUCUUAUUCAGACUGAGGAUGCAGGCGUUGGACCAGCUUGGACCAAUGCAGUGGACUUUUCCUUCCAAAUGGAGUGGCCUUACAUCCCGGACGGCCAUUUUUAAACUAAAUGACAUUUUUAACUGUUUAUUUUAUGCUGGAUUUAGCAGCAGCAUCAUGCUUACAGUUACAUGCGUGUUUUCUAACAUGUUAUAAAGCUAGGAAGUGCGAUUCAGUGGACCAACUGUUCACUUAAAACUUGAAGGUUUGAGUUGGUUUUGUUCUCUUGGACUACAAAUAUUUGCACGGUUAGAGGCCUACCCAUUGAAGAGUUCAGAUUAUCAACUGAAUGUACUGAUCACGUAUUCUUCCUGGCUGCCUCGCAGGGUGGUGACUUAGCACCGUACAGGCUAAUGGCACAUUUUGGCUGUGGCUUGAAACAGGGAUAUAAUUUUGCAAGUUAGUUUUUGUUCAUUCUUUGAGUAUCAGGUUUUUGUUAACUUACUCCAAAUAAUUUCUUUCUCAAAUUCCAGUUUUUCCACCACAUUAUGCCCUGCAUUUUUUUUUUUGUUUGUUUUGCUGUGAUCACAUCCUUAUGGUAGGUUUUGCACAAGCAUUUUUCCAGUGUUUUCAGCUAUAAGCCAUUGUUGGAUAACAGUUUGUCUGACUCCAUCAAUUUGAGUUAAAAAUGUUUCUCAUGCUGGUUAGUAAAUUUCAUGUUUAGCUGUACAGCUAGCUGCUGAUGUGAGGACCACAGUUCUUGAUUUUAGCCAAACGGUUUCUUCAACCUUAUACUGUCAAGACGUACUACUUCAUAUAGAUGCAUUAACACAGAUGCAGAAAGACUUGGUUACAGUCUCUUGACAGUGAAACAAGUGGACCUCAGCUAUUUUGAUUAAAUAUUCUGUCCAACCUGGAUUUUGUUGUUAUAUUACCUUAUAUGUAUUUACAGACUGUAUUGUACUUUUACUGGCCAACUACUGUACAUGCUUGCUUUGGCUAAAAACCACAGUGGUUUCUGGACUGUUUUUAUUGUUAUUAAAAGGCCAAUACUGCUGGAAAA